AUGGAUUUUGGUACAAAUAGAUUUGGGGAUUUAUUGAUAGACAUGUGUAAAGCGGUAAACAUUUGUAUAGUGAACGGUAGAUCAAAUUCGUCAGACGACAAUGGCAGUUUCACGUGCAUGACCCAUAACGGAGAAAGCGUGAUUGACCUAGUGUUAACGAACUAUUCAAAUUUCAAGUACAUUGUAGAUUUUAAAGUACAUGGCUAUACGGAAUACUCUAAUCACACCCCAUUAUCUUUUGGUAUAAAGAUCGGCCACUGUGAAAGAAAUAACACACAGUACACUAAAACAUUUUAUAAAUGGGAUGAAAGGCUCAGGGACCAGUUCAAAAGUGAUAUAUUUUGCGGAUUACAUACAUUAGAAGGUAUCGUAAGUAACGAACAGUAUUCUAUUGAUGAUAAAGUUAAGCGGUACACGGAAUACAUAACAAACACUGCAAACAAGUAUUUCGAAAAACAGUUGACCUGUCAAAAUUAUUUUUUUACCGAUAAUAAGAGUAAAGAGAGGAAAAGGUGGUUUAAUGAUAAUUGUAAGGAAAAGAGGAAGCUAUAUAGAGAAGCUUUAGAAAAAUUUACCUGCGAAAGAAGCAAUGAAAAUUUCAUACUAAUGAAAAGCUUAAAAAAGGACUAUAAAUAUUGCGUUAGAAGAACAAAAUGGGAAUUUAACUUAAAACGAGGAAAAGAAAUGAAUGAGAUGCGCAGGAAAAAACCACGUGAAUUUUGGAAAAUGUUCAAAUCGAAAAAUCAGAACCCGAGUGAAGCGAUUAGUACGGAAGAAUUUUAUACGCAUUUUAAGAAUCUUGCCAUGCAAAAUAAUGACAUUGACGACGAUGUGGAAGAAUUUCUGAAACAUUUUGAUGAAAAUCGGCCAAACAAUGAAAAUAUUCUACACGAAAUUGACAGGCCUAUUACACAAGAGGAAAUCCGAAAAGCCUGCUCGGGCUUGAAACGGAAUAAAAGUGCAGGCAUAGAUUCAUGCAUAAAUGAAUACUUUCUCGAAACAGCGGAUAUAUUAGUCAGUUCUUUAGAAAAACUUUUUAAUUCCAUUCUUGAUGCAGGCGAAUUUCCCAAACAGUGGACACAAGGGGUAAUAGUGCCAAUAUUAAAGAAACCGCCAUGUAAUGAUACCAAUAAUUAUCGCGGUAUUACACUUACAAGUUGUUUUGGGAAAAUAUUUACUUCAAUUUUGAAUGAAAGAAUUCAACAAUGGUGCGUAGAAAGUGAUAGACUCACAGAUGCACAGUUCGGGUUUAGGGCAGAUCAUAGCACGACAGAUGCUAUUUUUGUCCUUCAGUCACUGAUAAAUAUGAAAAUAAACAAGAGAGACAAGAUGUAUGCAGCUUUUAUAGACUACCAAAAGGCCUACGACAAAAUCUACAGGAAUGGUUUGUGGUACAAGCUUAUUAAAGAAGGAAUUAACGGGAAAAUAUUGAAUGUUAUGAGAGCUAUGUAUACCGAAGUAAAAUCGUGCAUUAAGCAUUUUAAUACGUUGUCAGACUUUUUCAGUUGUGAAAUGGGCCUAUUUCAAGGAGAGAUAACUUCUCCCAUAUUAUUUUCCCUUUUCAUCAACGACCUUGAAAUAGCGUUACAGGCUAAUGUAUUUUCCGGUAUAAAUCUAGACCAGAUAUCCAUAUAUCUCAUACUGUUCGCUGACGAUUGUAUUUUAUUAAGUGACACGCCCGAGGGUCUUCAGUCCCAUUUGGAUUUAUUGGCAGAAUAUUGUAUAAAAUGGAAAUUGACUGUAAACAUUGAUAAGACAAAAAUUAUUGUAUUUAGAAAAGGUGGAAGAUUAGCGCAAAACGAACAUUGGACGUACUCGGAUAUAGAAAUUGAUGUGGUUGAACAGUUCAACUACUUAGGAUUUGUUGUUAGCAGUGGCGGAUCUUUCAGGCGUGGCAUUGACACUUUAACGGGAAAAGCUUUGAAAGCCAUGAACUCUAUCUACACAUUGACCAAAGACAUGGAUAUACCAAUUAAUAUUCACUUAAAUUUAUUUGAUUCAUAUGUUUCUUCAAUAUUAUGUUAUUCGUCAGAAAUAUGGGGCUUUUCAACUGCCGAUAAGAUUGAAAGAGUCCAUAGGAAAUUUAUAAAACGGAUAUUAAAUGUGAAAAUGUCUACCAGUAAUCUAGCGAUCUAUGGUGAGACAGGUAGAACACCCCUUUAUAUAAACUGGAAAAUCAGAAUAUUAAAAUACUGGUUUAAACUUGUUAAUAAUAAGACCAAUUGUAUUUUACAAAAUGUAUAUAGUAAUAUGCUUGAGUGCUGUGAGAAGGGGGAUAAUAACUGGCUUUAUAAAGUCAAAAAUAUGUUAAACCUUUCAGGAUUUGGUGAAAUAUGGUUAUUUCCGUCCUCGGUAGAUGUUAAACAAUUCAUACCUGUGUUCAAAAGUAGACUGAUAGACACUUACAUUUCUGAAUGGCGGAUUAGUGUUAACAAUAGUCCUAGCUUAAUGUUAUUUAAAGAGCUGAAAGAAACCUAUGGAAUGUCUCAAUAUUUGUUAACAAUUGAAAAUAAGAAACAUCGGCACAUUUUAACAAAGCUGAGAACGUCAUCUCAUUGGCUUAAUAUCGAAUAUGGUCGUCAUAGAGGCAUAGAAAGACAAAAUAGAGUAUGUGAACUUUGUAAUAAAAGAGUAGUCGAAGACGAGUAUCACUUUGUGUUGGAAUGUGAAGCAUUUAAAGAGUUACGUAUUAUUCAUAUACCAAGAUAUUAUAGAGUUCGACCAAGUAUGGCUAAAUUGGUAUACAUGCUGAAAACUGAUAGUAAACCAUUGCUGCAUAAAAUUUCUGUAUAUUUGAUGAAAGCUUUCAAGCAAAGACAAAAUAUAUUGAAUGCGACAUGA